ACUACACAACCUCCUCUACUGCACUCACGCGCAGAAAAAAAAGAUAACGCGAUCUAUCGAUCUUUUUUCCAAUCGAAAAAACAACGCCGUCUGAUAGGCUUCAUGGCUAUAGUCGGAUAAGCCUGACGUCGACCAUCGAACGCGUCGGUCGAAACAUUUAUUUCGAUCACAAUAUUUAUGACAUUGUAAUUAAUUGAACAUGUCAUUUUAAUUAUGUAAAUACAAAUGGGUGAUAAUCAAUUUAAAUUAUGUGCUUCAUUCUCGUCCGCUUAAUUUAAUGUAAACAGAUAUUUAUCAUUAUUUGUGACGUUUUUACGGUGCUAAUGUUUUGAUGGUACGAGCUUUUUAGUUUUUGUUGAAAGAUAGUCGGCAGUGAGACAGUAAAAUGGUCUGCCUCAGUGGAACCUAUCGUAGUUAAAUGUGAAUGUUCGUUGAUGGAAACAUUGUAUCAUACCAUUAUGGAACGACACCAAAAUGGUAUGGAUGUGUGGGACAGGGAAGAGUUAAUCAGCUCGGCGGACUGUUCAUCAACGGGCGGCCCCUGCCGAACCACAUAAGACUAAAGAUUGUAGAGAUGGCGGCGGCGGGGGUGCGACCCUGUGUCAUCUCGAGGCAACUGCGCGUCUCCCACGGCUGCGUCUCCAAGAUCCUCAAUCGGUACCAGACGGGGUCCAUAAGACCUGGCGUGAUCGGCGGCUCCAAACCGAGGGUGGCGACUCCCGAGGUGGAGGCGAGGAUAGAAGAGCUGAAGCGGCAGAAUCCGGGCAUAUUCUCUUGGGAGAUACGUGAAAAGCUAAUCAAGGAGGGCGUGUCGGACCCACCCAGCAUUUCUUCCAUUUCGCGACUACUGCGCGGGGGCUCGAGAGACCCAGAUGGAAAGAAAGAUUAUAGCAUUGAUGGCAUUCUUGGAGGUAGGGGAUCAGACUCAUCUGAUAUCGACUCCGAACCAGGACUUACGUUGAAGAGAAAGCAGAGACGCUCCCGUACUACAUUCACCGGAGAACAAUUAGACGCACUAGAGCGGGCUUUUCACAGAACCCAGUACCCGGAUGUGUACACCAGAGAAGAACUCGCUCUGCAAACAGGACUGACUGAAGCCAGAAUACAGGUGUGGUUCUCAAACCGAAGAGCACGUCUACGGAAGCACACGGGCUCGAAUCCAGCGCCAAGUCUUGCCAGCUACUCCACGUUACCAAUGCCUCAGAUACCCUGCCCCUACCCGGCUGGUGAAAUACCCCCUCUAUCUCAACACCACCCUCAACAUCCAGACUCCUGGCAUCAUCAGAAAUAUGCCAACUAUAAUCACCUUAUGGCACAGUCACAGCAUCUGAAUCAAGCUUUCCAAAGUGCUGCCUUCCCGAGCACAUCUGGAUCAACAUUCGGACAUUUAGUAUCCGGAAGUAACGGACCAUCGCAUAGUCAAAUUUUAGAUACCACAGUACCAAGAAACGACUAUCCUCGCUACACCAGUAACGAUGUUUACAAUAAGCCUAUCAACUAUAUGCCCAAAGAAUCAGAGGGAGAAGAUAAAGUAGCCACAGAAGAUGCUAUAGAACCUAGAGACGAUUCUUUCAAAGUGCCUACUGAAGAUUACAACAAAACAUUACCAAAUAGUGAAUACCCGAAAGUUCCUACUGAUUAUUCAAAAGUAGCCGCAGAUCCAGGCUCAACUUCCAACUGGAGUCCUUCUCAUAAUACGUUAAAUAUGAGCUUGUCGGGAUUAUCUGGCGAAUACAAGUACAUAAAUGAUCCGUAUGCGUUUCCAAAUAUACCUGAUCCUUUAACCCAACAUAGUUAUCCCAAUCCACCGAACCCAACAAACAAGUACUGGAUUUGAUAAAGUUACUUAGGUAAUAGAUUCACUGUAGGAGAAUUAACUUGUUUAUAUUAUUGUAUUAUAUAAAUUAUAUUUUAAUAAAUGGUUUAAAUGCAAUGGAAGUCCAUUUUGUGAGAUAAUACCUCUUUAGUGCAUUCCGUUAGAUAAUUAAGUCUAUGAAAUAUUUACCAAACAUUUGUAAAAAAUAAUUUAAGAAAAGUCAUUAAA